AUGGUGCUUCUGGACGUAAAGAGAUCGGAGAAGAAGAAUGAGUUCAUGUACGAGACAACAGUGAAGGCCAAUGUUGGAGACCUCUUGAAAGAACUCUGCGAGCUUCACAACAUGAGGCUCAAAGUCCAGAGGCUCUCCCUUGCAUGCAAGGAGCUGGCGAAGCACGGGCCCCUGAGACCGGAGGAAACUCGAGGAAUCUCCGAGGACCUCAGCAAAGUCACUGAGCUAGACGUGAAUGCGUAUGGGCAGCCUACUAGACCGGAUGAGUCUGGCUUUCGCACGGGAGUUCCUCCCCCGCCCGAGGUGGCCGACGUGCUGACCCGCACAGCAGAGGAAGCCGCGGCUGCGGUGGCCUCCGAGCUGGUGACGCAGCGAAAGUGUGUUGAUAAGAAGGUGUGCCAGACGCAGAUUGACAACAUGCGCGGUGCCGUCAUGAUUGCGUAUCCUGCUUUCCAUCGCUUGCCUAUUUAUGCUGGAGACAGGCAGCAGUUGGAACCCGUCGCCCCGGGUGGCACGGCGAAUGGUAAAUCGAAUGACCUCGUGCAGCAGAUGUCAGUGCAGGACUUCUCCGGGUGUUGCUCCACGCUUAUGCAGGACAUGAAACUUACGGAGCAGAAGGAUCUGUUGCCGCUGCUCGUUGGCGUUCUGCAGCAUGUUGGAAAUGCAGAGUUUGCUCACGGCAAUGCACCAAAGAAGCGCAGCGGGGCGUUCAGCAAGUCCGUGAAAGUUGCCUUGGAUGAGGCAGAAAAGGUGGAGGAGUGCGAGUCCUUUAGAAGGCUACGCCGUGCGGCGCUCACUUCCGAUGCGAGGUAUUUGUUCCAGCAGGAGCUGAGCAGCAAGGACUGCGACCUGCACCAAGUCGAUGAGGUACUGCUUCAGGAGUUGGAGCCAACUCUGCUGAGAUUCGGAUUCCCGGUCAGCCAGGCUGGGGUUCAUGAUGCCCUGCAAGUUCUGAGUGAGCAGCACGUGGUCAAGACGUGCGAAGCGGAUGACGAUCCUGUACGCCAAGAGCUCGAGGACCGGGAGGAGCUUGACGGAGCGUCGGAGUUGCAGUGCGUGCUCGAGCCUGCCCAGACUAACUUGUGGUGGGCUGGAAAGGAGCUCAGGAUGGACCAGACGCUGGAGCAGUAUGUUGGCAAGAAUGAAAAGACGAAGAUCGUCGCAAAGCUUGCUCCGAAAGCCUCUGGAGCUCCCGUGCGGGAGCCGCGAAUAGACGAGAACACGCACAAGGCGAUGAUGGCCCAUUACUACCGAAAGCAGGAGGAGAGCAAGAAGCUCCAGGACGACGAGGACGACUCGUACCUGGAUUCGGAGUGGGCCAACCCGAAGGCUCUGAAGAGUGCCUUGGUUGGCGGCGGAAGGCCCAUCUCCUGGAAAACAAGAUGA